UGUCACUCCCCGUAUCCUCUAUAUGCUUCCAGUUGCAAAAGCCAAAAGCAAUGGGUACCCGACUUGACCCCAUCGGGUACGUCACCAUUAGUGACUAUCCACAACACACGCAAGACCAACAACAACAACCCCAUCACCUUCCUGAACUGGUCUAUUCCGAAGAGCCGAAUGCAGAUGUCCAGGCGAUCUAAUCGAAAUCCCGGCUACCGGCAUGAAUGAAACCUUGUUCGAGCUGCCGCGUGUUCCGUUCAUCCAAGGUCACCGCUACACCGUCCGAGCAACAGAGGGUCCGAUCAGUCAAACGACCAACCACCAGCUGGAAAUUAUGAGUGAACCCGAACGAGGCAAUUUCAAAUCGGUGCUCGGUAUGUUGUAUUUCUUCUACCCGAGGCAUUUGCGCUUGAUUCCUUUGUUUACCUCUGCAGCCUGUUGUCACUUGCCCGCCCGAUUGCUGGAGAAUUAUCCCCAGAUACCCAGGUAUAGAGACAUGAUGAAAGUGGCGUCAGCAUGAUCACAGUCACACGAACAGCCUUCCUCUUCCCCUUUCGCAUCUACCUGCACCCCGCACGUAAGAUCUUUAGCUUAUAAGCUCCCCCGG